AUGAAGUUCGCAGCUGCUACUAUUGUCGCUUCGGCCCUUUUGCUCCGCUCCCAGGUCGCGGCCAACCCCAUCCAGAAGCGUGAUAUCCCUUCCUCUUUCUACACAGACAUGGCCAUUAAUGGCUCAAUCUGCUCCUUCGCCGACGACGCUAGCUGCAAUGAGAUUUUUUACACCGCCGGUAGCUGUGGAUUAUCCACUUACUUUACCUCCGAGAUUCCUAGCUCGUCAACCAUUCCCUUGGUCGCUAUGGCAUCUGCAGUCAUGAGCCAGUUCGGCUAUUCUCAGAACAAUGAACUCUGCGGAAAGACAAUUGAAAUCACCGGAGCCAACGGCGUCGUCCAACGGGCAGCAAUUGCCGACACUGCCGGCGCUGAUAUAAUUGACAUGUGCCUCAACUUGUGGGAGGAUUUCGGUGGUGUUAAUGGUGACGGAACCAUUAUGACUGGUACCAACAGUCUCAAGUGGCACCUUGUUGAGUAG